AUGGUGAUUCCUACUCAUAUUUUGGCCAAUGCUAAGGGUCUGGUGGUGCUGACGGUGUUGAAAGCCGGGUUUUUGUUCUCGGGACGGGCUGGUUCAGGUGUCAUUGUGGCGAGAUUGCCAGACGGGUCGUGGUCAGGCCCUUCGGCCGUGGUCACAGCUGGUGCCGGUGUAGGAGGCCAGAUUGGCGCUGAAUUGACGGAUUUUGUUUUUAUUUUGAAUACUAAAGCUGCUGUGGAUACGUUUGCUCAGGCUGGGUCAAUCACUCUCGGUGGUAAUGUUUCGCUGGCAGCGGGUCCUUUGGGACGAAAUGCCGAGGCAGCAGGCUCAGCGUCGCUGAAAUCAGUGGCUGCGGUGUUUUCUUAUUCAAAGACAAAGGGUCUGUUUGCUGGUAUAUCUCUUGAAGGAUCAGUACUGGUAGAACGUCGUGAAGCUAAUCGCAAAUUCUACGGAAACAAUUGUACAGCCAAAUCAAUUCUGGGUGGCCGAGUCGACCCACCUCCAGAAUGCGAUCCUCUAUUCAGAGUUCUCGAGUCUCGAGCUUUUAGAGGAGUACGACCAUCAGAUUUCGAGGACGAUUAUUACGACGAUAUUCCCGAUUAUAAUUCAGACAGCAGCAGUGUAAGCGGCGGUGGCAACUAUUCAUCAUCACCCAGACGAGGCUCGAGAAGAGCCGCUUAUGACGAUGAUUAUGACGAUGAUGGCGAUGUAUAUGGUGACCGACGACGAGGUGGUAGUGGUGGUGGCAAUGGAUCUCGUCGUGGAGGUGGAGGCGGAAGUAGUAGUAGCUGGCAAGACGAUUUAUACGACCGACCAGCCUCGUCAGGAACUCGGUCUGGACAAAGACGAUAUGACGAUGACGACGGCGAUUUAUACGACCGGAGUAAUAACCGGAACCGGGAUCAUGACCGUGAUCGUGGAGUUGAUGACGUGACACGACGAAUGGGCCGAGCCAAUUUCAGGUCGACGUACUCGGACAAACCGCCCGGCCGUCCAGCAGCCCCGAAACCAAGUAAUCGUGACUACGAUUAUGACAACGACGAUGACGACGCAUACUAUUCACGAAAACGUAACGACCGGACCCAACACCGACAAGCAUCGCCAGCCAAACCUGCCCGAGUACCACCAUCGAGUUCCGGCGGCGAAGAAGCAGUUGCUCGAUACACUUUCGACGGCGAACAAGACGGCGACCUGUCGUUCCAGAAGGGCGAUAUCAUCACCAUCGUCAAACGCAGUGACUCCACCGACGACUGGUGGACCGGCAAAACUGCCACCGGCCAGGGAAUCUUCCCGGCCAACUACGUCGACCUCCUGUAG